CAGUUCAAGCUCUUUGCUCUUCUCGCCUCCGUCAUGGCUACUGCCACCGCUAUUGCAGUGCCUGCGGGCGUUUAUCCUAGGCAGGAUAUCAACAUCACCGACCCGAUCACCCUCCCGACUACCCUCCCGACCACGCCCAUCGGAUCCACCCCUAUCGAAUCCACCGCCUCGAUCCCACUCACACCCCUCCCACCUGUCACACCCGUCCCCACCCCUGGCUCCGUCUCCCGCCUCGGCGCCGUCUCUGAAGGCGUUACCCCGCACCAGCUCAUCUUCGCUGCCGAAGCCGCAAACUGUAACAUUAUUCAAUGCGCUGGGGUUCUUGCGUCGGCUGGCUGCAUCGCGCGCGGUGUGAUUACCCUCGAUCCGAGCGGUGUUCUGGACUGUGUUAGUGGGGGGAGCGAUGCUCUUUGCCCCUGCGUCGCUUGCAUCAAUGCGCUCGACGGCUUCUUGAAGAGCCACGGCGUUUGCAAGGACAAAUAGAUCUUUUGGUCUAUCUACACCUUGUAGUGUGAAAUUGGAGGCUCUGCCUACCUAAUAUCCGAGCUAGGCUGUGUGCUUGCUGAUAGUAUUGGCUGAGAGCGCUGGCUGUGUGUUGGCUGGAGUGCUAGCUGAGAGUACUGGCUGAGAGUGCUGAAGCUGGCUUUCUUUCGUUUUUCGUUUGUCUUUCGUUGAUGUUGUUGCACGGUCUCUACUGUUGAUAAUACUUAAGUGGGAAUAUAGCGCUAUAAACCCGUUACGAUCUUUGAUUUUGCAAGCUGUACCGUAUAGCGGUGGUAUUUAACCUGCUAUCCUUGUCAUCCCUGCUAGCCGGAUUUGUCGCGCUAGGGACAGUGAUUCCUUGUCGCGGAACAAACAUGCCCACAGCGAGUAGCAGCAACAGCAG